CGCGCCUCGACAGUCCGCGCGCGCCGGAUUCACCGCACACACAGGAUCCGUGACGGAUCGCAGGGCCCCCCCGCGAGCACCCUGCCUGCUGGACGCGAUCUCAUCGUCGGGAACGUCCGGGAGUUUUGGCGGGACCGAAGCGAGAUCCGCGGUCUCGAAGUCGCGCCCGGCGACUCACCUGCCUACUCAUAUGCGACAGAUGCCUCGCGAGGACACCCGUGCGAUCGUGCGAACGAGCAAUCUCCAAGUGUUUCCUUCCGUUGUACCCACGUAACCGCUCGGCUCGUGACACUCGGAUGAUUGUACGCACCGGUCGUUAGGGCGGAAGCUCUCCUUCGUUCUCUCCUCUUACGAUCGCUCGAGAUCGAGCCAGGGAGCGAGUGUUCCGCGAGUUGACGGAUCAUACCAAUCCGUCCGAGGAACGUGCGACAGAUCUCGCGAGCGCGUGACAUCGCCGAGAACGAGAGCGUGGUGUAUCCGUCAGCUGAGGUCAGGUAGUGACCAGGUGGAAAUUCACGGAAGGUAGACACUAGAAAGGGGGAGCAGCGCGCCCUUAACACGCGUAAUCGCUCGACGGGUGCACGCGAGCAAGCGUCUCGGCGGUGCACGUGCGCCAGGACGCUCCAGGACUCGGUCUCGUCGCCCGUGAUAAAUGCGCGGCCGUCGCGGAUGACGUCCCGCGCCUUCUCCAAGAUGAUGGUCACCUGGAUCACCUUGCUGGCCCUUGGCGUCUGCCACGGGCUUCCCGUGGCCGACGAUAGUCCCGUCGACAAGAGCACGAUCGGUGACGCCGCAAAUGUCGCGGAAGAGACCGCCGUUCCUGAAACGAAGGGCCAUUCCAUGGACGACGUAAUGCCAGGGACGAAGCCGCCGCCUACCUCCGUGGUGUUCGUCGACGUCCCGGAGCACACGGAAACCGAGCUCGGCUCGUCCGUGCUGUUGGCAUGCCGGACCGGCAAUCCUGUGGCCGAGUGCCAGUGGUCCUGGCAGCCAUUGCCGCCGGUUCACCUGCCGCUUCCGGACGUCAGUGAAAGCCCGCCGAUUUCUACGACCACGGCGAUCUCAUCGAUCUCGACUACGGCGACUCCCACGACCCACCCGCUGCCAGUACGACAGUUUCCAGCGUUCGGGAAUAAUAGCAACGAUUGCUCGGUGAGAUUCUCUAGCACCAAGCACGAGCAAACGGGAUACUGGACCUGCGCGGCGAGAGUCUCCACGAAAGAUCCUUUCACCAGCACCGAACCGGCCAAGCUCGGCAUUAUCAAUGCUAAUCAUGGCAUCCUCAUUACGUUCACGAAGCAUGAAAAUAUCAUCGAGGUGCCGGCGGGAUCCUCGGCGCAGAUAAUGUGCCAGACGAAGUCGCCGGUUCGGGAAUGCCAAUGGUCCUGGCGACAACUGAACCAGUCGCAGCCCUGGAACCUCGACGUGAAAUCGUUUCCAGCCUUCGGUAACGACAGCACGGAAUGCAGUAUCAAGUUCAAGAACGUCCUGCCUGAGCAGGAAGGCUACUGGACUUGCGGUGCGCGAAUCGACCCGAAUUCCUCCUUCACCCAGUCGACUCCCGUCCGAUUUCUCAUAUCGGAAGUCGAGUUCGUGCAGCUGUCGCGCGGAGUACAGGUUGCUGCCGGCGAGUCGGUCUUUCUGAGGUGCCUGGCGAACAAGCCGGUGGUACAGUGCGAGUGGUCGUGGAGGGCGUCGAACUCGAGCAAGGAACCGCUGCUGGUUAAGAAGUUCGGCCCGAACAAGGACGCCGAGCACGAUUGUUCCGUGCGAUUCAAGAACAUACUGUACGAGGAGGAAGGACUGUGGACCUGCGGGGUCCGUUUGACACCCGACGGCAUCUUGCACACUGCUCCUGCGGCCACUGUCAGCCUCCUGCCCACUGCUAAGGUGAGUUUCGCCCAAGUGCCAACGGACACGGCGGUGCUGGUAGGCACGGAGGCUACGUUGAAAUGCGUCACCAGCAGCCGCGUGGAGAAAUGCGCCUGGAGCUGGAGGCCGCUCCACAGCAGCGACCCUGAGAUCGUCGUCGAGGAGUUCCCAAGUAGCGGCGACCUCGGUCGCGACUGCUCGCUGCAUCUUCCGCAUGCGUACACGGAGAAGCAGGGUCAUUGGGGCUGCCAGGUGUCGAUCGCGUCGCUCAACACCGUCCUGACGUCGCCGCCCGUCAAGCUCACGGUUUUCGAGCAAGACGAGGUGAAGUUCUCGGAGCUGUCGCAGGACAUCCAGAUCUCGUCCGGCGGCAGCGUCCUGCUGCGCUGCGUGACGUCCUCGGCGGUGGAGCAGUGCCGUUGGUCCCUCACGCCGGUGAACUCCAACACCACGGUGGUGGUGAAGCAGUUCCCAGCGGCCGGGAACGAGGCGCGGGACUGCAGCGUCCGUCUCAGCCACGCUCUCGCCGAGCAGGAGGGACUGUGGACCUGCGGCGCCAGGAUACGCGGCCGGCAGAACUACACGGACGCGCCGCCCGCGAAACUGAGCCUCCUCGAGCCAGAGCCGGUCAUGGUCGCGGUUUGGGCCGCGCCUCAUCAGAUGGUUACUCUCGCGUGUAGAGUCGGAUCCGCAUCGUCCGAGGUCGAAUGCCACUGGAUACACGCUCCGAACGUUCACAUACACCAGAACUCGAGCAAGCUCGCGAAGAAGACGAGGCACAACGUGCAAAUGGAUUACGCCACGGGCAUGUGUAAACUGGUCUUCAAGCCGGAUCACUCCGACCUGGGACAAUGGACCUGCAGGUUUACCCUCGCCAACGAGAACGCCGAGAUCGAGAUAGGAAGCGCUACGCUUGUUCUGCUGAAUACUUUGGCAGAUGAGAAACUGGGAUGGAUCGUGGGUGCUCUAACCGCCAUGAUCCUGUUCCUGAUGAUUAUAGUCGUGGUGCUGGUGGUGUGCAAGGCGCGUAUUUUUAUCCGCAAGACACCGGAGAUCCUGGAAACCUUACCCUCAGGUGAAAGAAAACGGAGCGCAACAUGUUACGACAAUAGAUACGCUGAGAACUCGGGGAAGAUAGAUUUUCCAUUUUCGACCGUAGAGAACAGUGUUGCGUCGAGUAUCGACAGCAUCCUGCCGAAUCGAAGUCCGCGCGUUCACAAUCGCGCGGAGAAGAUUCGUAGGACGGCCAAGGUGUAUGAGAACGAUGGACUGUAACGCGUGAUUUUUGCUGAUACGAGACGUUUCAUCGCUUGUGUAUCAGAGAAAGUAAAAAAACGUGGAUGUAAGAGAAAAUAUGAGAAAGGAAAGGCAUCCCAAAUAACAUUAAAACGUCCAAAGACGUCUCUUAGACAUAUACGUUAUUUGGAACGCACUUACUUCGGUUUUGGAAACAGCUACGAAAGAAAGUGAAUAUUUUAUACACAAAUUUUUAUAGGAAUUUUUUAAAUUUUUUAUGAAUGUAAUAUCACAUAAUUAGUACAUAUUACACAUAAUACAGAUACUGUGCUCUUUUGCGAUUUUCCAUAGUUUUAAUUCUGUGUGAGUU